CGCUGGCUCCACCCACUUCAGAACCGAACCGAAGCUCGUCUUCUUCCUCGUGAAAACCCUCAUCAAUAUACCAUCUGAAACUUCAAAUUUCACCGGAUCUCGCGUUUCGAUCUCCAUGUUUUCAAUUGUGGGUGUGCUGUAGAUUCAGCGAUUCUGCGUUGAAUUUAGCGGGCACAAAUUCAAUGGCGAUGUUGGCACCCGGAGCGCUGCUCAAGCUUCUCGACGGGAUGAAUACCGGUGUUAAACCCACCGGCGAGCACCGGAGCUCGCUCCUGCAGGUCACCGGCAUCGUCCCGGCCGAUCUUGAUGAGAGAAAUUUAUGGCCAAACCAUGGAUUUUAUGUGAAAGUUUCAGAUUCUUCACACUCCAUCUACGUCAGCUUGCCUUUUGAAGAAGAUGACCUUAUUUUCAGCAACAAAAUGCAGCUCGGACAGUUCAUCUAUGUCGAUAAAUUGGAGCCCGGAUCUCCUGUUCCAGUCGUUAAAGGCACGAAACCGCUGCCCGGAAGGCGCCCAAUGGUGGGAAAACCAGAGCCAUUGAUGGGUCUCAGAGAAAAGGGGCAGAGAAGCCAUGAAAAUGCCAAUCCAAAGCUCUCUGCUCGCAGAAGAUGUUCUUGGGGAACGGGGCUAAAUAAUGUAGCAGACUCUGUUUCAUCUCCUCUGGCUUUAAGGCCGGUCCCUUUAGACUUUGAUCAGUUUACCCCGGCGAAAGGGAGACCUAUUUCGGGCAGAAUUGGGGGCAAUCCCCCAUUUUCUCGGGUGAUCAGAGGCGGAGCAGCCAUGGAUGGAAGCUCAAUUGGGAGGAUUAGGUGUUCUCCGGGUGGUGCAAAUCUGCCCAAAAUUGUGGACUUUAAGGGCUGUAGCAACCCUGCGUUGGCCGGGAAAAGCUGUGUCGGGCCGACCAUGAAUUUGCCCGGAAGGCUUAGUCUGCUAGUACAGGAGGCCGUGCAACAGUGCAAGACGGGGCAGAGAACAGCCAUUCAAGCAGUCAGAGAAGCUGCAGCAACCGAAAAUCUUGUCCGGUGUCUCAAGAUAUUUUCCAACUUGAGCAAAUCUGCAAGACCCGAUGCUCCAGCCGACUGCUUCCACCACUUCUUGGCCUUCCAUAGCCAAAUUACUCGAGAAUUAGCCCAGAUGAUGCCCGCCGACGCCUCCAUGGACGAGCACCCAAGCUCCAACUCCAAUGCUUUCUUCAAUCAGAAGAGGGUUCUGGGGGCACAUUUCAAAGCAGCAACAGCUGAGAAUGAUGAGAACAAGAAACCGGUUUCUUGCAGCCUUGCCAAAGCAAUCAAUCUGGGGAAGCGGAUUGAGAGUGAAGCAGGGAUUUGGUUCAUGAAUUUUCUCGAGAAAGCUUUGGAGAAGGGUCUGAAGAAAUCAUCCAAAGGAGUCUCUCAGUCGUUGCUAUUGAAGGUGAUUUAUAGGGUGGAAGUUGAGGAUCACCCCAGAGCAGCUCACAUAGCCAGGAAGCUGAGGAUCAAGGCCAAUAACCCUCGAGUCUAAACGCUUCAAUUUGACUCAAUUCUAUCAGAUUUUUAAGUCACUUAUUAAUAUAGUGAAAAAUUUGUGGGUUUUUUUGUAUUUUGUAAUAUUGCCUGUUAAUAGCUAGUGACCAAUCUGGGUUGGUUGCUCCAUCUGAUUGGAUUUCUCUAGCAAUGGUACUGAGUAUAUCCCGUUAUGCCUUGGCUA